AUGGCGCAAGAGAUAGUUGCUGUUGCAAAAGAGGUUGACGGGCAAGGAUUUCAAGAUGCUACUGAAACUGAAAUUUUGCAGUUGGUCUCAAAAGAAGAAGAAAAUUUAGAAGGGCAUGAACUUGAACAGCUUGUUGAUUCUAUACAAAACGAAAAUGAAAGCACUGAUGCAUCAGAAGCGCAAAACUGUCCCGAUGACUUUGGUGCACGUAACAUUAUAUCAAUCAUCACAUCUCUCCAAAACUCUAUCGGUGAAGCCAUAAGUCAAGAUCCUAUCAUGAGUCGCAGCAUGAAAUUUAAGCAUUUUUGUGAUUCAGCAAUGCAAUACUCGAAAUUUUUUCUUUCAUUUACCGAUCUGCCUCUUCUAUCAACGAUCAUCAAUUUCCCUAUUGCAUCCCUAUAGGCAUUGGUUCCCGUGCUGCUCGUGGCCUCGUGCCAAGCCGGCGAGCUGCUUGCACAAGCCGAGCCGCUCCAGCAGUUCACGCAGUCGCAGAACACCGCCACCGGCGAGUACGGCUUCAGCUACUCCGGUGGGCCCUCGGCCAAGACCGAGUACCGGGCGCUGGACGGCACCACCACCGGCACCUACAGCUACGUCGACGCCAACGGCCAGCUGCAGAGCGUCAGCUACAUCGCCGACGAGGCGGGCUUCCGCGCCACAGGCACCAACAUCCCGCAGGCGCGCAAGAAGCGAGGAAUCCUCUAUCAGCCCGCCACCUUCGCCGCUCUGCCCGCCGCGAGCUCGAGCCAGAAUCGCUUCCAGAUCCACAACGACGCCAGACUGAUCCAGCGUACGGAGAUACACACGCCGAUCUAUCAGGCGGCUGCACCGGUGGCUCUGCACGCCCCCGCGGCCCUGCUCUACCGUAAGAAGCGCGGCAUCCUGGCCGCGGCCGAGCCGCUGCCCCUGGCUUACGCCGCGGCACCGGCCCUGCCUCUGCCACCGAGCAGCGCCAAGAUCUACAACGAGUUCAAUCAGCAGCGUCCGACCCUCUACGCCGCUGCAGCUCCAGCUCCAGCUCUCGUUCACGCCGCACCCGCCGCUGUAGCACCGAUAGUCCACGCAGCCCCAGCAGCUCCUCUGGUUCACGCGGCGGCUCCCAUCAUCGAGCAGGCGCCCAUCUCCAGGUCGUCCCAGAACCGCUUCCAGGUGCACAAGGACAGCAAGAUCAUCGAGGAGAUACACACGCCGCUGUAUCCCGCGCUGCAGUACGCCGCCUACGCCGCGCCGGCCUUGGCCCUUCAGCCCGCGCAGCCCCCCGCGAGACCAGCCCCGGCCCCGGCUGCACCGGGAGCUCCCGCGGCCGUGUCCGACGAUGCCAUCACCGUCGAGAGUGCCUAA